GUCAAAGUAGUUAUUUAGUGAUUACUUCACUUCAGGAACGAAACCAGAUCAAAGUGGUAACAUUUAAUCCUUUCUAUAUAUAUCAAAAAAAACAAAAACAAAAACAAAACAGGUCCUAAUUUUUUGUAAAUGUGUUCUCAAGGUUCACUGGCCUAGAAAAAAGAGAAAUAAUUAUUAAUGCCCGGUUCAUGUAGCUCGUAAGUACGUGGGCAGGUAUUAGUACUGCUUUUGUCCUGGGGUGGUUCCGGCGCUUGCCUACUCACAAGCGCUCCCGGGCAGCAUUUCUCAGCAGAGACUUUACUGCAAGGGUGCGUUUGCAUGUGCGCCAAAGAGCCCCCUGCUGGUGUAUGAUCAAUGGGUAAUGACCUCAUCAUUAGAUUCUAAUGCCCUUUUAAAAAAGUCAUUCAUUUACAAGAGACAAUUGUGGAGAAUCCCAAGGUAAAGCAGAGGGGGUGAGAAGGCAAUUCCACGCUGAACGUUAAGGCUUCCGGGCCGCCGGCACGCGGUGGGUGCGGGGCCCCGCGGAGUGUAGGUCAGGCAGCGACCAGCAGAGCCUGCUCCCGGAGGCGUGCAGCGGGCUGGAGCGCGAGCUGGGCGCCCGGGGUGGGGGGCGGGGCCGGCGGCGUAAGCUGCGCGUCGCCGCCGCGGGGCGACCCCGACUCGGCACCGUGCUACUCCGCCACCCCUCCGCGCGCGCAGGUCGGUUCUCUCCCCGACGCGGAGGCGCGGGCGCUGCUCGAGAGCCGGAUCCGGGGCAGCCCCGCCGCCGGCCGUCCUUCGCUCCCGGGCCCCGCGGCCCGUGGACGCCGAUCGCGGGGCGGCGAGGGAGUGCCCCAAGGCCCGCGCCCAGUCCCUCGGGUUAGCCUUCGGCCCACGUGGCCCUGAGCCACUUCACACCGGAACCGGGGCGGGGCCACGCAGGGAGACCCAGCGGCGGGUUCCAACCCGAGCACGCGCUACCGCCCCCUCGGGGAGCCUUUUUGCGGCCCUAACAGCGCGAGCGGUGGUGCGUACGCAAGAGGCAGGUGAUCUGGCGCAACUGUCGCGAACUGCUCCACUCCGCGCUGGCCCUGCUGGUUCCUCCCCCUGGGGGGGCGGCGGGGGGGGGGAAGGCCGGUUUUUGGUUUAUGGCCGGAAGUAAUCGAACUGGGUUUGGAGGGAUGGGCGCACUAGGAGCGCCGUCUCCCAAACCACAGAGUGUUUGCGGGGUUGCUCUGGGUUACUUUGUAAGUGGAAGAGGCAGAGAAACACUUACCCUUUUCACUAACAAGCUUGACUGCUCUCCAAAAUUCCGGUGGCCGCUAAUUUCAGCUUUUGCUGUGAAGAAAAAUCACCAUGUCUUCCUCCAGACUGGGGCUCUGUUUGGCUGCCUGUUUACUAAAUAUUUCAGAAGCCAGAAGGAAAUACAUUGUUGAGAACAUAGCAAAAGCAGCUCUUCUUGAAAAAAAUGGGCACAGAUAUCCUGAAGUAUCAGUGCUCAAUAUAUUUUCAUUUUCUGAUCAAGACUACAACAGAUCAAUCAAAAUAGCAGCUUCUGUUAAUGAGUUAGGCCUUUCUGAGAAUUUGGUUCUGCAUGUUCCUGGCUGUGGCAUGUUUCUCCUUGGCGAGGCCGACUUCCUCGAGAGAAGGAAGCAACUGGACUGGCUUUGGAGGAGAUAUUUCAGCGCUCUUGGAUCUGACCCGGGAGCUGCACCUGCCGGAAGAUGUGAUUUAACAGGUUCUCACAAAAGCAAAGCCCCUCUCACACCAGCUUGAGAGGUAUGAAUAUGAAAAUUCACAACUCCCUGAAGCCUUUCCAGAGCUACCAAGAAUGUCACUUCAUUCACUUCCAGGCUGAGGAGGAAGAGAGAUGGAGGAGGACCCGGGCACACAAGCUACAGUGAAAGUCGACUAGCAGGUUUCAGCUGAAGACAUAUCUAAAAUGCUCUGAAAUGGUUCAGCACAAGUCUUUCUGGUCUCUUCUCAAAAGCAGGAAAUGAUGACAUUUGGCAUAUCUCUGUUCUGUCCUGGAAUGCCCAUCACCAGAUUUUUGUGUAGCCCAGAAUGAUCCCCUUUAGUGGAAGAAGAAGAAAGAAGAGGAGAAGAAAGAGGGGAGGAAGAAAUAUCCUUAUCAUUAAAGCCUAAUCAGCUUGUUUUUCUGUAACAUCUUACUGGUAAGGGUUGAGAGUGUACUGGGACUUAAUUUUUCUUUUAAAUGGAUCUAUCACCUACCCUUGUGGAGAUGGUAAAGGAUAGAUGCAGUCAGGAUCACACGGUGCAUGGAGCCGUUGAAAUUUUCGAUGGCAACACCAGAUGUUGAACUUUACAUUUCCAGCCUGUCAGUUGUCCAGGUGUUGAUCUUUUGGAAGCAGGCAGAUACAUUUCAUGCAGAAGUGAGCUACACUGUUUUCGUUGCUGUUGUUUAAUGACCUAGUAUCAUACUGAUACUUCUGUGUGUUUAGAUAUAGAUAAAAUCCUAAUUAAAAUCGGAAAAACCAAAGAAGUCACUGGAACGGGAAGAUACAUGUCUUGGCUCCGCCACUAAUUAGCUUCGUGAUUUUGGCAGAUUCUUAAACUUCUCUGGGACUCAGUUUCCUGGUUUUUAAAGUGAGGGAAAAAAAAUUUAACAUUUCUGAGGGAACUUUUCAUUCUCGCAUUCUUUGAUUUAUAGGAACCAUGUGAAUGAGAGAAGGCUUUUACAAACUUGAAAAUAUAGUACUGUGGGGGGAGUGUAUCUUCUGUUAUUUUUAAUUUUAUCAGACUUUGUUUGAUUCUGAAUAUUAAAACAGAAUUGAAUAUUUUUCAAUUAGCUUCAUGUAUAGUACCAAACAAUAUUUAAUUGAGGAAGAAAAAAAAGCUAAAAACUACUAUUGGUGGUGGUGGUGGGGAGAAGUAUUUCAGUUUUCUUAGACAUUAAAUGGCUCAUUCAAAGCAACAUUUUGAUAAAUUGUGUAAAUGAGAGAGGAACAUAUGGAUUAAAUUUUCCUUGAAAUACAUACGCACUUAAAAAUUAAGAAGAAAAAGUGCUUGGCAAAGCCCAUUUGGGGUUCUGCCAAAUGGGAAACAUUUUAAAAAUAGUUGAAAAUGCAGUUCUAUCUCAAAAUGCUGCCAUAUUCACCCAUCCUUAUUGAUUAUAUAUUCUUAAAUUUGUAAAUUACUCUCCUUGUAUUUAUUUUUGCAGUUUGUUUUAUGCCUGGGGGGCUUGCUCAAUUUUGCUACCUUUUUUUUUUUAAAAAAACAUAAAACAUGGUCCAUCAGUCACUGAAGAGCAAAUCGUAGUAUCUAUCACUCCCUGUGAGAUUCCCGUUAUUUAGACUUCUGUGGAAGUUUCGGUUUGAUCUCUCCUGGUGUAACAACUGGCAUUAAUCCAUAUUGCUAUAAUGAAACACUCUAAGGAGCAAAUACAGGGGAUCUGGUCUUUGAAGCUGUGUUAUGUGGUAAGUAACUUUCUAGUAAAUCAUAAUAUUACAGUAGAAGAGCUUUGAGGGAAGACAAGCCUUGAGUUUCAUGACUAUGUAUAAUUCAAAACCAGAAAAUCAAAAGACUCAGACAUGACAUUCUUCUGGAUAGACAGAAGAGCUUGGCUGUCUAAUGGAUCCCAUGCUACAACUUGAAGAAGAAAAAAAAUGAUUUUCUCAAAGAUCUUUAAAGAAUAGAUUUGUGGUCAAAUUGGCAGCACUUCCUAGUUUUAAGGGUUGAGUUUACCUGAGUAAAAUGAGUCAGUGCAAUUUGUAUAAUUCUUCCACAGCUCACUGUAGAUAGACACACUGUGGAAGCCACACCUCCACAGAGAAAUGUACAGAUUCAGGCCAUUAGGAUAUCUUCCUGAAACUUGACAUUCUGGGUGAGAGUCUUCUCCCCUCUCCCUGCUUCUCUCUCCUUUUUUUGUAAUCUAGUACUUUUCACAAGAAUGCUAUUUUGUCAUGAAAAUAUAAGAAAACAAGAACAUUUUCUUAGUGUUAAAACCUCAGACCCUAGGAGAUGACACCAUCAGAUACAACAUUCUAUCCAGGAUAUGUUCAAGGCAACAAUUAGAUUUAUUUUCACAAGAUAGUAACAAUAUCUUAUCCUUUGAGACUAAUCUUAGAAUACAAGAGUAUGUUUUUAUGGCUGGGUUAUCCUUUUUAUUCCUAGUAUCAAAUGUUAUAUGUUAUAUGUUAUUUUUAAGAGUUACUUUUCAAUGAAUUCCUUACGCUUUAAAGAUAAACUUUCUUCAUUGGGCUUAUCUAUUUUAUCCACACAAAAUGGCAAAGAAUUUGUACAAUUUUGUGUAAGAACUCAAUAACAGAACUGAAGACCUGGCUGACACCCUUGGAACUUCCCAUGUGCUUGGUUUAUGUUUAAAGGGCUAUUCAACAUAACAGAGUAUAUUUGAAAUACAAAAGAAAUCAUUUUGAAAUGCCUUAUUCCAUUUACUUGGGGAAUGUGGUAAAUAAUGUUUUUUUGCUCUCUGGUAACUCAAACAUUUUUAAAUAUAUAUUAUUCUAUUCUUCAGUUUAUUUGUUUGAAAUGUAGUGGCCUAUUCAGAAAACCUGAAAAAGAAAGAAUACAUGUAAUUAUUUUGCUAAUGGUAUCAUGGACAAUUAUUUCACUUGAUGAAUAAAGGAAGCCAGGUACUUACAUGCCUUC